GCGAGUAGUGUUCAAUGAGCCCUUUGUCAUUUGGUAGGAAAGAGAUGGCAUUUAUACUCGUUUAAUCGAUUUGUCAUAUUGGAGACCGGCGAAUAUUCUAGCAUUUUUUACAAAAUGGCUCAAGAAUACGCAGUCGUAACACAGAGUUUGGUAACAGUAACUAUAUCCAGCUCUUCAAAUUCAUUCGGUAGUGAAAGAAGAUUUCAGAAAGAUGUCACUAUUGGGGAUUUGAAGGGCAAGCUGGUAUUGCUGACUGGUGCAAAUGUGGGCAGCAUGAGGUUAGAGCUCUACACCAAUGAGAACAGACUUGUCUGCCAGCUCGACAAUGACUUGGCCAUGCUAGGCUCCUAUCCCAUUGAAGAUGGCAUGAGAAUACAUGUUAUUGACCCUCAAGCAAAAGUAGGAGAGUUUGAGGAUGUUUCUAAAGUUGAGAAGUUUGAACUCAGUCCAGAAGAAUAUGAAAAGCGACAAGACACUGUGCGAGCAUUCAAGGAGCGUAACAAGAUAGGUAGGUUCAAGGAGUUGACGCCAGAGGAGCAGCAGAGGCAGGAGGAGGAGAAGAGGAUGAGAGAGGAGCAGGACAAGCAGCUGGUGGAGACCAUGAAUGUGGGAGACAGGUGUGAAGUGAAAGUGCCAGGCCAGCCUGCUAGAAGAGGGUGUGUUCAGUAUAGAGGGACAACAGACUUCAAGCCAGGAUACUGGGUGGGGGUGCAAUAUGAUGAACCUGUGGGAAAGAACAACGGCACGGUGCAGGGACGAAAGUAUUUCCAGUGUCCAGACAAGUACGGAGGCUUUGUGAAACCAGAGCACGUGGAGGUUGGAGAUUUCCCCGAGGAGGGCUUUGAAGACAUGGAUGAAAUGUGAAAACCUCGUAAAGACAAUGUGAACACCUCAUGAAGACCAUGUUGUAAGUGUGAAUUCCAAAGCUAGGCCCCUGAAGUGUUCAGAGCAUGUGCAUAAGCUCCUGACAUUAGGCUGUGAAUCGGACAUGGUGUCUUCAAGAAGCAAAUACAUCAAUGGAAGAGGAUCUGAAAAAAACAAGACUUCUGCAGUUGUGUUGCCUAUCCCACAGAAAGAGUUUAUAUAUUCCUUAUCAUAAACUUUAAUGGUUUCACUUGUAUGUCUAAGAAUGACACAUACAUGUAUAUUUAGAAGAUUGGAACAUAAUUUAGGACCAAGUGACACAACUAUGUAUUGUCCUUCACAUUACAGAGUCUUUAAAGCACCUUUCACUUAUAUUUGGUAAACCUUAUUCAGUAUUUGUUACUAUUAAUAUUUAUUUAUGUAAUUAUUCUGCACAUACAUAAGGUCAGAGCUCCAGAUAAGGAUUAAGUCUAAAGGGUAUUUCACCCCCUGAUAUUUUUGUUAAAGGGUAUUUUACUCAGUUGUUUCAGCCAUAAAGGGUAUUUAGAAAUAGUGAGGGGUAUUUUCCAUAUCUAUAGAAAACUGACAUAGUACAUGACAUGUUUGAUCAGGAAAUAUUAUUAUUUGUUUUUAAUAAGUGCAAACAAAAUAAAUUUAAAUGAUGAUAUUAACAGAGUGUCUUUAAAAUAUUCAACUUACAUGCAUUGUAUCUCUGUUUUGAGUGGGUCUUUCUUGCAUAGAGUAUUCAUAUAUCUAGUACACAAACGUCAUUUCGCAAUUAAACUAAGUUAUGGCAUUGCUUGUACAAUGGAAAAUAAAGCACACUGCAUGUGGUCUAUGUAAGUAAACUAUAAACUUCUUCAACAAUUAGAUCGCUUAAAAUGUUUUUUACAAUUCUAGAAGCAUCAUGAGAUUUAUUUCUAUUGGCAUUUUGUAAUAUACAGUUACUUCCUGCAGGAGCCGCUGUUCGCUUUAAACGUCCCUUUUUCGAAUUUAGAACAUGAUGGGCUGCCACUUUGAUUACAAGGUUCUUUCGAUUGACUUAAUUUUGAUUCAAAGGUUAACUUACACUAACUAAACACUCAACUAGAUUAUUGGUUAAACCGGUUACGCAUUUUAAUUGAUCACAAAUACGUACCAAGAUUUGUAUUGCGUAAUUUUACGUAAUGGGUCGAUUUUAAAGCGUUUUUUGUAAUUUUUCAAUGUGUAAAUACACAGAUACGCAUCUUUUCUGGAGCUCUGCGUAAAGUAUGUUUAAGUGCUCUACAAAACAGGAUGUUAAUUUAUUUACUAGUUGAUGUAGAUUAGUACAUAGAUCUCUCUGCCUUGAUGAUUGCCUAACGUUGUAUGUUCAAGAUUUUGAUAAAUCCAAUGGUUUAUCCAACAGUGCUCUCAUUUGCAAAGAUCUAUCAAAUCAACUCUAAUUUACCAGUAUAUUUUUAACAAGAUUUAUUACUUAUUAUUUGUAAUAAAUGUUCUCGGAUUAAACUGCAUCUUACAACAUUAAUUGAGCAACUGGGAUUUAAAUGUUGUAAACUUUUGCAGUAAACAUAUGAUAUAAUUAAAUUCUAUCUCUUUUUAACUCACCUAUGCACAAGGUACUCAAGGUGAGCAACUUUGGUCGAUUGAAAUCCGUCCAUGUGCAGUAUGAAGCAUGUGGUGUGCAUUCUCAAUUUUUAUUUUGUGACCACUCUACAGGCAAUAUUUUUAUGCCUUUGAAGGAGAGCAUAUAGUGAUCGCACUGUCAGUCUGUCCAUCCGUCUGUCCAUCACACUCUGGGUUUAGGUUUCAAAAAAUGCUCAUAACUUUUAUGUCGCUUCAGAUGUAACCUUCAUAUUUGGUGUGCAUGUGUAUAUGGACAAGGCCUUUCCAUAUGCACAAAAAUGUUGACCCCUGUGCCCUUGACCUUGAACUUAGGGUCCGCGUUUAGGUUUCAAAAUCUGCAUUAAGGUUUCGAAAAAUGCUCAUAACUUCUAUCAAAGCGUUUUUUGGGGGCAUAUGUCAUCCUAUGGAGACAGCUCUUGUUCAUUUAAUCUUGAUAAAACAAUUUUAGAAUGUAUAUCUGGACAACAUCUAGUUCAAGUUUUAAUCUGGUUCAGGUGUGUUCAAAAACUAUGAUACCAGGUCAAAUCUUAAACAAUCAACCACUCUAAAGGCCUUAUUUAUGACUCCCUCUACAGGUAACUUGAUCAGAAUGUGAAUCCAGACAACAUGAAGGCCAUGUGUCUUCAUGUUUGAUCCAAACCAUUAUCCACAGGUCAAGUCUGAAACAAUUGGUCUAUGAACUCAGUUGAGCACUUAAGGGCCAUAAUUUGCUUUUUGUUUUACAAAUAGUAUUAUCAAAAGCUAAUGAACUUUGUUACAAAAAGUACAAGAGUUUGGUUUAGGUAUCCUUAUUUAAUAACCCAUGGAUGGUUUGUUUCAAUAAUAUGCAUUCAUGUCUUGCUUUCUGUGAUAUUUAUUACUAGUUUGAGCUUUAUUAAAAUAGUCAUUCCAUGGUACAAA